GCAUAUGCAGACGCAGCCAGCAGAAAUAACACAUCGUUCAGACUUCAUCACACACUACUUCUUCUACCUUGAGCUCAGGGGCUCUGAUAGACCUCUUAGCCAUGCUGCUCGCUCUGUUCCUGGCUCUGGCCAUGGCGGCGCACCCGGCGCCGGCAUCGGCGGCAUCGGCGCACCUGCACUUCUACAUGCACGACGUCCUAACCGGCGCAUCCCCAACAGCAGUGCAAGUGCUGAACGGGCCCAAGGGCCACUUCGGCGACACGAUCGUGAUCGACGACGUUCUCACGGCCAGCGACUCGCCGUCAUCGGCAUUGGUGGGGCGCGCGCAGGGGCAGUACAUCUGGGCGUCGAGGGGCAACCCGGAGCUGCUGGUCACCAUGGACGUCGUGCUCACCUCCGGCGCCUACGCGGGCUCGUCGGUCACCGUGGUUGGCCGGGACGACAUCGGCGCAGCGGUGAGGGAGCUUGCCGUGGUCGGCGGCACAGGACAGUUUAGGAUGGCCAGAGGGUAUGUGUUGUGGAAGACUGUAAGGCUUGAUCACCCUAAUGCCGUGCUUGAGCUCGACGUGUUCGUCAACCCGUGAGAAUUUCUUGUUGCUCUGUUUGGAAAGGGCUGCUUUGCUUACAUUCCUGGCUCUGCAAUAAGUGGAUUACAUACUGUCGCCACGAUUUGUAUAUGUGGCAAUAACGUUUGUUUUCUGAAAUUAUGUUGGAACCCAAGGGCCAAAAAUAAAAAGUUUCUGUAAUUCCUCAGUAUAUUCAGCAGAAUGUGUGGUGGUA